AUGUGGAAACCACGCGCUCUCUCCGUUACUCUCGCUCUACUUCUUCUUCACUCUCUUUCUCUAUCUCUUGUUUCAGCUCAGAACAAGAGAUCUGAAUGGAAAACACUUACAGGAAGUCCACCAUUGGUCAUAGCACAUGGUGGUUUUUCGGGUAUAUAUCCAGAUUCCAGUUACGCCGCUUAUCUUUUGGCUGUACAAACGAGCGUCCCCGAUGUCGCUAUAUGGUGCGAUGUGCAAUUGACAAAAGAUGAAGUUGGGCUUUGCCUUCCAGAUAUCAACCUUCAAAACUCUACUUAUAUUUCAAGUUUUUUCCAAAAUAAAACUGUAAGUUACUUAGUGAAUGGAGAAUCCGUUGCUGGCUAUUUUUCCGUGGAUUAUACCUUCAAGGAGUUAGCUGAUGUUAUCUUAACUCAGGGAGUAUUCUCUCGGUCAAGUCUGCCCGAAAACAAUGGUUAUUUAAUAAAUAGAGUUGAAGAUAUACUCCCAAUAGUGGCCCCACAAACACCAGGUUUGUGGUUGAAUAUUCAGCAUGAUGCAUUCUACACGCAACACAAACUGAGCAUGAGAAGCUAUGUACUUUCCAUUUCUAGAAAAGUGCAUGUCAGUUAUAUCUCAUCACCUGAGGUUGGUUUUUUGAGAAGUAUUACAACACGCUUCAACCCAAAAAUAACGAAACUUGUCUUCAGGUUUCUCGAUAAGAGUGACACAGACCCAUCGACCAAUCUGACUUAUGGUUCAUUACUAAAAAACCUUACCUUUAUCAAGACUUUUGCUUCUGGAAUUCUUGUUCCCAAGGGAUAUAUAUGGCCAAUAGAUGCUGUUAGUCUUUAUUUGCAACCACAUACCACUUUGGUUUCAGAUGCACAUAAAGCGGGGCUGGAAGUUUAUGCAUCAGAUUUUGCAAAUGAUAUUGUAACUAGCUUUAAUUACAGCUAUGAUCCUCUUGCUGAGUACCUCCAAUUCAUUGAUAACGGUGAUUUCUCCGUUGAUGGUGUGCUGACUGAUUUUCCCAUAACUCCAUCUGAAGCAAUUGAUUGCUUUGCCCACCUAGGCACAAAUGCUACGAGAAGAGAUAAAACCUUGAUUAUCUCAAAAUUUGGAGCAAGUGGAGAUUAUCCAGCUUGUACCAACUUAGCGUAUAACAAUGCCAUAUCAGAUGGUGCGGACGUUAUUGACUGUCCUGUUCAAAUUUCAAAGGACGGAAUACCAUUCUGCUUAAGCUCCAUUGAUCUUCUAGAGAGUACCACAGUUGCUCAAACAGGCUUCAGUGAUUUGGUCACGAGUAUCCCCAAGAUCAAAUCUGGCCGUGGCAUAUUUACGUUCAAAUUGACAUGGGCUGAUAUAAAAGGCCUGACCCCCUCAAUAUUGAACCCUUUCUCAAAAUACACACUGUUCAGGAAUCCAGAAUAUAAGAAUGAUGGGACAUUUUUAACAUUAUCAGAUUUUUUGUCGUUGACAAAAAAUCAUACUUCUCUAUCAGGCGUCUUGAUCAUUGUUGAGAAUGCAGCCUAUCUUGCAGAAAAGCUGGGAUUAAGUGUGGUUGAUGCCGUCAUUGAUGCUUUAAGCAAAGCAGGUUAUGAUAAACCAGGGAGCCAAAAAGUUUAUAUUCAAUCCACUAAUAGCUCUGUAUUACUGAAGUUCAAGGAGAAAACCAAAUAUGAGCUUGUCUACAAGAUUGACGAGACUGUCAGUGAUGCUGCCAAUGCAGCUGUGGAAGAUAUAAAAACAUUUGCUAGUUCUGUGGUUAUCAAUAAAGAUUCUGUAUUUCCUCGUAGUGCUAGCUUCCUGACCACCUUUACAAAUAUUGUGCCAAAGCUACAAGCUUCUAACCUCUCAAUUUUCGUAGAAACAUUCAGCAAUGAGUUUGUAUCUCAGGCAUGGGAUUACUUCUCAGAUUCAACAGUGGAGAUCAACUCAUUUAUUCAGGAAGCAGGAAUUAAUGGGGUCAUCACAGAUUUCCCGAAAACUGCUAGUAGAUAUUCAAAAAACAAAUGCUUAAACUUGGGUGAUAAGACACCUCCCUACAUGCAACCUGUUAAAGCAGGUGAUCUUUAUAAAACCCUUGACAAUCGGACAUUGCCUCCAGCUCAGGCUCCACUCCCUCCUUUGACUAAAUCUGAAGUGGUAGAGGCACCUUUGCCUGCUGUUGCUAAAAUAGCCCCAGCUGCUAGCCCUGCUGCCGGAACCAAGUCACCACCCAAAAAUGCACAGCCUAAGGUUUCUGUUUGCUUCUUCUUGUCCAGUCUUGCUGUGUUUGUAGCUUCUUUUCUUCUGCUUUGA